GAUUCUCCGGCGGCGGCGCGGCUGGCGAUGAUGGAGCUCGCGAACAUGAUCUCCGUCCCCAUGGCGCUCCACGCCGUCGUCCUCCUCCGCGUCCCCGACGCCAUUUGGGCCUCGGGCGCCAACGCACCCCUCUCCGCCGCCGAGAUCCUCCCCCUCCUCCGCUCCCCCGGUCCCCCUCCCCACCCCUCCGAUCCCUCCCUCCUCCAACGCCUCCUCCGCCUCCUCUCCUCCCACGGCGUCUUCCGCGAGCACUACUCAUCCCCUUCCUCUUCGUCUUCGCCUUCGUCCUCCCCCCUGCGCCGCUACUCCCUCACCCGGAUCGGGCGAACCCUAGUCUCGUCCGCGGGCGUCGGUGGCCCCUCCUACGCCGACUACGUGCUCCAGCACCACCAGGACGCUCUGAUCCGCGCGUGGCCGCGGCUCCACGAGGCCGUGCUCGACCCCGCGGGGCCCGAGCCCUUCGCGCGCGCCAACGGCGGGGUCCCGGCCUACGCCUACUACGGCGGGGACGACGACGCCAACGCCCUCAUGCAGAGGGCCAUGGCCGGGGUCUCCGAGCCCUUCAUGGAGGCGCUCCUCGCGGGGGCCUACGACGGCUUCGCCGGCGUUGAGACCCUCGUCGACGUCGGCGGGAGCUCCGGCGCCUGCCUCGCCAUGAUCAUGAACAGGGUCCCCGGCGUUAGGGUUGGGGUCAACUUCGACCUCCCCGAGGUCGUCGCCGCCGCCCCCGCCAUUCCCGGAGUAAAGCAUGUUGGAGGUGACAUGUUUAGGUCUAUCCCAGCAGGUGAUGCCAUUUUUAUGAAGUGGGUGCUUACCACAUGGACUGACGAGGAGUGCACCCAAAUACUGAAGAACUGCUGCAAAGCCCUACCUGAAGGAGGCAAAGUGAUAGCCUGCGAGCCGGUGUUGCCAGAGGAGACCGACGCGAGCAGGCGUACUCGGGCUUUGCUCGAGAACGACAUAUUCGUCAUGACCAUCUACCGAACUCAGGGGAGGGAGCGCUCCGAAGAGGAGUUCCGGCAACUCGGCCUCGCCGCCGGGUUCGCCGGUUUUAGGGCAAUUUACCUGGACCCCUUCUACACUGUCCUGGAAUUCAAGAAGUGAGCCAUCGAUUUUUCGGUGCUUUUUCAGAGAAUUUAUAAGAGCAUGUAAUUUGGGUUGGUUUCCUCACUUACAAUAGAGUGGAUCUUAUGUUCUACAUGGCAGUGUAGCUGGGAAAGAAGUAUUUAUUGAAUAAGACAUUGAUUGGAAACCAAUGUUGAUUUGUACUGAAUAAUAAACAACAAAAUAAACUUUGAUCACGAUAUACCAA